GGCACUCCUGAGCCUCCCGGGAGGCGGGAUGGCGGCUCGGGCCGCGCUGCUGCUGCUUCUGCUGGGAGCGGCGGGAGCCGGCCCCGCCCCGGCGCUGGGUUCGCGCGGGGACCGGGAGCCCGUCUACCGGGAGUGCCUGACGCACUGCGAGAGGCGCAACUGCUCCGGGGCCGGGUUGCGACACUUCCGCUCCCGCCAGCCACUCUACAUGAGCCUCACAGGCUGGACCUGCAGAGACGAUUGCAAAUAUGAAUGUAUGUGGCUUACGGUGGGCCUUUACGUCCAAGAAGGCUACAAAGUGCCUCAGUUUCAUGGAAAGUGGCCCUUUUCCCGUUUCCUGUUUUUUCAGGAACCUGCUUCUGCCUUUGCUUCAUUCCUUAAUGGACUUGCCAAUUUUGUGAUGCUGAACAGAUACAAAGCUCUUGUCCCUCGUUCUUCUCCCAUGUACCAUACUUGUAUCGCCUUUGCUUGGGUUUCUUUAAAUGCCUGGGUCUGGUCUACAGUUUUCCACACUCGAGAAACAAACCUAACCGAGAAAAUGGACUACUUUUGUGCAUCAGCAGUCAUCCUUCAUUCUAUUUACUUGUGCUGUGUCAGGUGAUUAAACCUGAAAAUGUGAAGGGCUGACUGUACUAUGUUGAUACUCUUCUCUUUUUUUCUCAUGCUGUCUUUUGCAGGCCUCCUCAAUCUUUUCUGGUGGCUGGGCUGGUGUGUGAGGAACCAGCAACGACUGCCUUACGUCUGGAAGUGUGUGGCAGUUGUGCUACUGCUCCAGGCUUUGGCUCUUCUGGAGCUCCUGGACUUUCCACCAUUGCUUUGGGUCUUUGAUGCCCAUGCCAUCUGGCACAUCAGCACUAUUCCUGUCAACAUCCUUUUCUACAGUUUCCUUGUUGACGACAGCCUUUAUCUUUUGAAGGCCAACUCUGGCAUUCUUAAAAUAGACUAAAGCCUUUGGCGAAAUAUAGCUCGGAGCAAGGCAUAAAACUUUAUGGAAGACACCCAUCAAUUACUUCCAUCAUUGAAGGAGUGCCGUGCUUUAGGCCUACUUUUUUCUGAGUAUCGGUGACAAUUUGCUCUCUUGUUUCUGCUCUUUUACACCGUAUCUGGAUUCUGUUGCCAUGAAUGAACUGCCUUCUUUCCUGACCAUGUCAGGAUUUACAUACCCUCUCCCCUGGAACUUGAUUUGGGUUCCUUAUUUUGCCUUCCCAACUCUUUUCAUGCCUCUCUGGGGAGAUCAGGGGCUAAUCAGUUUGUUCUACCCAAUUCCUUUUUUCUUUUCUUUUGUGAGUGGCUUUAUUGGAGGUGCAGCUGCUGGCCCAUCAAAAUGAGCAUUGAAAAUAGUCGCAGCUGCUUUGCCAAAAUGGAGUUUGUUUGUGCUGAUUUGGAAGAUCAGUUACUUCAACAAAGAAAUUGUGUUAUACUCCUUUGCUGAGAGACAGGGCCACCCCUGCCAUUAGGUAGAGUGAAGCAGCCAAGUUAGGUAGCCGAAAAAUUGUGGACAACAAGUAAAAAAUGAGCCAACAAUGUGAUGCGGCAGGGAUUUUGGCCUGCAUCAAUAGACGUAUAGUGUCUAGAUCCAAGGAAGUCAUGCUACCCCUCAAUUCUGCCUUGGUUAGACCGCACCUGGAAUACUGUGUCUGAUUCUGGGCAACCCAAUUGAAGAAAGAUAUUGACAAGCUUGAAUGUGCCCAAAGGAGGGCGACUAAAAUGAUCAAGGGUCUGGAGAACAAGCCCUAUGAGGAGCGGCUUAAAGAGCUGGGCAUGUUUAGCCUCAAGAAGAGAAGUCUGAAAGGAGACAUGAUAGCUAUGUAUAAAUAUGUGAGAGGAAGUCAUAGGGAGGAGGGAGCAAGCUUGUUUUCUGCUGCCCUGGAGACUAGGAUGCGGAACAAUGGCUUCAAACUACAAGAAAGGAGAUUUCAUCUGAACAUGAGGAAGAACUUUCUGACUGAGAGCCAUUCAGCAGUGGAACUAUCUGCCCCAGAGUGUGGUGGAGGCUCCUUCUUUGGUGGCUUUUAAACAGAGGCUGGAUGGCCAUCUGUUGGGGGUACUUUGAAUUAAAUUUUCCUGCUUAUUGGCAGGGGGUUGGACUGGAUGGCUCAUGAGGUCUCUUCCAACUCUAUGAUUCUUUGUGUGUGCUACAAAGGCUGUCCUGGAGUCCCUUUUUUGCCUUCUGUCCUCAGAUGCAGUUGGAGACAUUGUCCUUUCUCUAGUGUUCAAAAAUCAGCUGUCACUCUGAUCAGGUUUUGUGUACAAAAUGGAGAGAAGCACAGCAUAUGUCUUGGGCUGGCCAUUUUUUUCCUUUUUUUGCCAAAUAUCAGGAACUUUUGCUUCUACUCUAGAAAGAAGAAUAGAAUAUUGAUUCUAUGUUGUAAUGAUUUUUUAAAACAAGCAACAAGCACAUAUAUCCUAUCCCAGUUAUAAUUUAUCUCUCGUUAUUGGUGUAUACAUACUCUAGACCAGGGGUCCUCAAACUAAGGCCCGGGGGCCAGAUACGGCCCUUCAAGGUCAUUUACCGGCCCUCGCCCAGGGUCAACAUAAGUCUGAAACGACUUGAAAGCACACAACAACAACAAUCCUAUCUCAUCAGCCAAAAGUGGGCUCACACUUCCCAUUGAAAUACUAAUAAGUUUAUAUGUGUUAAAUUUGUUCUUCAUUUUAAUUAUUGUAUUGUUUUUAAGUGUUUUUUGCACCACAAAUAAGAUAUGUGUAGUGAGCAUAGGAAUUCAUUCAUGUUUUUUUCACAUUAUAAUCCAGCCCUCCAACAGUUUGAGGAUCCCUGCACUAGAUACACUCCAUUAUUAUUACUAUAUUAUCUGCUCCGGGGUGCUAUGUUCUAGCAUUUGGUGUCUAAGCCCAAAUUAUGUGUGGAGAAAAUCUUAAGGAAUAAUGCUAGAAAACAAAAUGGCUGAAAUGAAUACUGUGAAAUUUUAAUCAGAGACUAUUUUUACCAGGCCGUGGAAGUUACUUAAGGUUUUUUCAAGAUGAAAUGCAAGCCAGAGCUAACAAAGAAAUAAAUAGCAUUACUCUUUUCCAUCUGCUCACUAUUUUUAAAAUAGCAAUAUAGACACUAUCGACUGGAGACUGAGCAUGUGGACGAUAAGAUUUGCUUUGCUAUGUCCAGCCAAAGCUCCAUCCAGGCCAUUGGCUUCAGUUGCAGUCAGCCGUGGCCAAGAAGUUCACAAGCAAGACCAGACAAGAUUUUUCCUCUGCUACCUGUCUCCAGCAUCUCUGAAGUCUGUUUUCUCAGGUUUUGUUUUCGGCUGCUCUGGCUAGGUAUCCUCAUUGGACCAAUCAAGUCCUUUUGAGUUGGGUUCACAAAGCUUGAACAUUUCUUGUGUACUUUUGGCAUCCAAUCCAUCUUCUUUCUGUCUUUUGGAAGAGCUUGCAGUUAAAAGAGGAGUCCCUUCCUUCUAACCUUCAAACAACUUGAUCAUCUGGAAAUGACAUUAGCAUUGCUCAUUAGUGACACAUUAGGUUCAACAGUGAUCUGAGAUACACAAAUGUGUUCAGCCUUCCAGAAGAUAACCCAGAAGAGGAAGCAGAGGAGGCCAGAAGUGCCUUUUGUGCAAAGAGUGCCAAAGUGUUUCUAAGGUUCCCAGGACAAAAAAAAAGAACCAAAGUUUUAAAAGAAACAAUGGAUUGCCCGUGUAGGUGUUGUGUCUAAUCAGCCACUAGGUGGCAAUGGACACCAAUUUACCAGUGCUUUGAAAAGUUCCUUUUUAAUCAAAUGUUAAGACUUGGAUGAUUUUCAUAUUUUGCUUUAAUGCUAUGCUUCUGUUUUCAAAAUGAAGGAUUUCUUUAAAAAAAUUCUAAAGGGUACUUUGGAUUCAUCUAUAUUGUGUGUAUUGAAUGCAGUUUGACACUACUAUAAUUGCUGUGGCUCAAUGCUACGAAAUAGUGGGAUCUGUAGUUUUACAAGAUCCCACUUGGUGGGAUUGGUGUCUCACCAAUCUACAAAUCCCAAGAUUCCAUCAGACUGAGCCAGAGCAGCUACAGUGAUAUCAAACUGCAUUAAUUUUACAGUGCAGAGACAGUCUAAGAGAAGAUUUGCCAAUCUUUUGUCUUUUGCAGGGCAUAGCCACAGCGUAUGGUUUUAUUCUUCCAUGUAACCAGUGUGUGUGACUUCUUUGCAGUGUACUGAGGUUCUUUGUCAUCUAGGCCACUAUGCAAAAUGUUUGGUGAGAUAUGAAGAUUUUUAAAAGCCUUUGUUUCAGUGGGUUAUGUUUACCAUUAGAAUUUUUGCCACAUCCAGGAAGAGAAGGACUGGAAGGACUAGGAAGCCAUGUUUCAUUGUGACUACACUCCCUUCCCUUGGUGGCAGGAUCCCAUGCCUCUGAAGGUUCUGUAACAGGCAGAUAUUUAGGAUUCAAAGCUAUCUCCACUGUCAAAGUAUCUCCAUGUCAAGUAAUAGAUCUGGAUAAUGGAGUGCUUCUCAGACUAUAUGAUGUAAAUUACUAUUUUUCCUAAUGUCAAAUUUAUGCUGAUUGGCUACAGUUGUUCCUUUUUUACUGGAAAAUUGCAGGGACCAGCAGCCAAUGGCUCAUGGACCAGCACCAGUCUAGAAACAUCUACUGGUGCAGUGGUUAGUGUGUUAAGCUGGGACUUGAAAGAUUUAGGCUCUAGUCUUCAUUCAUCUGAAAGUCAGUGGCUAAUCUUGUGUGAGUCACUCUUGCCUGAUCUACCUAAGAUGGUUCUUGUGGAGAACUUUUGAACUCAUUGGAGGAAUAGUGGAGUAUAAAUGUAAUAGAUAAAUAUAGUAAUGCACCUUUGGUGCCUGUCAACCUCUGCCUGUUUUAUAGCUACUCAAAAGCAUGGAGAGAGCCCUGCCAAGAAAAA